CAGGUAAAGGGAGGAGCUUGAAGGACUGCUGCAACCGCGAACGGGGAUGGAGAUCUGACGACGAGUAGGCGGGCCUUACAGGCCACCCCUCGCCCCUCCUCCCCCGGCUUGCCGGUCAGUCAGGUGCCUCAGGAUGCGCGGUUGGUGCUUCAGCCUGUGGUGGAGCCGACGGCGGCUGAGAGAGACGCGGCUCUGGCGGGAAGGCCGGGUGUCGCCGCCGCCUCGUCACCGCGGGCUGAGGAGGCGCGUCUUCUCCGCUCCGGGCCCAGGCGCCCCCUCAGGGUCGUACCUGCCGCCGGCAGCCGCAUGAGCUCUCGGCGGCUCCUCCCGCGGGCAGCGCCUCCCCCCUUAUGGAGGAGCCGCUCCCUCCUCCUCCUCUCCCCGCAUGGAGCCUUUCGCAGCCCGCAGCCCGCGCCGCCCCGCUCACCCGCCGCUGCCGGCGGACGGCGCGGACGGCGAAGAGGAUGAGGGCGCGGCGGCGGCCACGGCCAGCUGGAGGACGGCGGCGUCGGGAGCGGCCUCGUGCGAUGGCGGCGGCCUGCUGUGGACGGCCGUGUUCGAGUACGAGGCGUGCGGCGAGGACGAGCUGAGCCUCCGCCCGGGCGACGUGGUGCAGGUGCUCUCGCAGGACUCGCAGGUGUCCGGAGACGAAGGCUGGUGGACCGGCCAGCUCGACCAGCGCGUCGGCAUCUUCCCCAGCAACUACGUGACCAGCAGCUGCAGCAGCAGCAGCCGCCUCUGCCUCCGCCAGGGGGGCGCCGCCGAGCUCCAGUCCCGCUACCCGCAGACGCCCGCCAUACAGUUACGGGAGAUUGACUUCUCUGAGCUGGUUCUGGAGGAAAUCAUUGGAAUUGGAGGCUUUGGGAAGGUCUAUCGUGCAAUUUGGCUUGGAGAAGAAGUUGCCGUCAAGGCAGCUCGGUAUGAUCCAGAUGAAGACAUCAGUGAGGCUAUUGAGAAUGUUCAUCAAGAAGCCAAGCUCUUUGCCAUGCUAAAACACCCCAACAUAAUUGCACUUAAAGGCGUAUGCCUAAAGGAACCUAACCUUUGCUUAAUCAUGGAGUUUGCCCGUGGAGGGUCACUGAAUAGAGUGCUGUCUGGUAAAAGAAUCCCACCAGACAUACUAGUGAAUUGGGCUGUCCAGAUUGCUGGAGGAAUGAACUAUCUGCAUGAUGAAGCAAUUGUUCCUAUUAUACACCGGGAUCUGAAGUCCAGCAACAGUAAGUGGGGAGUAUAGCGGGUGUGAUGUUGGGACUUACAGAGAAGUGGACAGCAUAGAUAAAAUGUUAGUAACUUGAAAUAUAUUCCAUCCACAUAAGCUUGAGGACAAAACUGAUGAGUAGGCUAGAAUGAAAGGCAGGGGCAUGAAAGCUUCCCAUGAGACUUACUCUUAAGAGAACCAGUGGUGUAGUGGCUAGACAGAUGGAUUGGGGAGGCCCAGAUUCAAAUCCCCAUUCAGCCAUUAAUCCUAAUGUAUGGUAUUGGACCAGUCAUUGUGUCGUGGCCUGAACUACCUCACAGAGGAGUUAAAUUAAAGCACAGAGAACUAUGUAUGCCAGACUAUGCGAGCUAAUUGGAGAAAUGGUGGGAUAUAAUAAACAAAUAAGGAACUGCUAAUGAACAAAAAGAGAAUGGCAAGAAAACAGUGUGGUGUAGUGGUUAGGAGCGGUAGAUUCUUAAUCUG